AUGCCUGCUCACCCAACGGGGAACAAUUCCCCUAACCAACACCGCGUUGGGGAGCACUGGAGCGGAAACAACCCCGUCCCAACCAUCGGCCGAUUCAUUGAACGUCUCCAGGCAGACCAGGCAGACCGUGAAGCCCAUCAGAAGUCAGCCGCUUCGAAGCAACAAAAUGCCCAGCAAUACGAGAGUACUGUCCCACACCGACCGCAGAAGGUGGGCAAGGGCAGGACUCGAGAGGCCACAGAUCCAAUAACCGGGAAGGAAAUUGAAGUCGAGGACUUGGACGAGUCCGCUAUGGAGCCCGUAAAGGAUCCAAAGCUGGUUGUUCCCAAUGCCAAUCUCGGUAAAGAUACGCCAGUAAAGACCGAUCCAAAUCAAUCGCUUUCCGAAUACAAAGAGAAUCAAGACAUUACCGCGCCGCCAGACCCUAUCGCGGAGGGUACCACUUCCGAUGUUCCCAUUCAUGGCGAGAGAACGAAUAUUCUCUUCCACCCGACCCCGACGAUCUCCUUCAAGCCUAUGUUUGAGAGCCUGGAGAAGCGAGGAAACAGUCUAUGCAUUGGUAUAUCGGCUGCCAUCAUCGUUCUAGGCCGGACGUUCGGGGCGUCAUACUGGGGUCUUUUCCCUCUGGCUUUCUGCAUUGCUAGCGGCGUGUGGCUGUGGGUGCAGGAAGUGAUCCGCAGUGGGAGAGAGAUGGAAUGGAGUAGCGAACAAUUGCGUGGACAAACGGCAACGGCCAAUCUUAUACCAGAGUCGGUUGAAUGGAUGAACACAUUCAUGGGAAUUAUCUGGGGCCUGAUCAACCCGGACAUGUUAGCACCAAUAUCUGAUACUAUUGAAGAUAUUAUGCAAGCCUCAUCACCUGGUGUCAUCGAAAACGUUCGCAUUGCGGAAAUCGACCAAGGAAACAAUCCGAUACGACUGCUGAGUCUGCGGGCACUUCCGGAUGAAAAUGUACAACAGUUGAAAGACAACGCUCAUCGCGACAAUGAGGAAAACAAGGAGCCAGACGAAGCGGCGGCCCUGGAGGAAGGUGGCAGCUACUACAACUUUGAGGCGUCUUUCGCUUACCAUGCGAAGCCCACCGGCCAGAGCGCUUCUGCUAGAGCUCGCAACAUGCACAUGCAUCUUGUUUUUUAUCUUGGAGUUCGCGGACUCUUUGGGGUACCGUUCCCAGUUUUCGUGGAGCUGAUAGAAAUGGUCGGCACAGUCCGUGGAAGACUUCAAUUGGUCCCUGAGGCGCCGUUCGUCAAGGACCUGACAUUUAGUCUUGCCGGCAUUCCGCAUAUCAGAGCGGGUUGUAUGCCAAUGUUCAGAACAGGGGUAAAUGUUCUGAACCUCCCUUUGAUCUCCAACUUUGUCAACUAUGCUAUCGGUGCUGCUUGCGGUAUGUUCGCCGCACCCAAGUCAAUGACAAUGGAUCUCAGCAUGCUGGCCAAGGGCGACGAUGUUGUCAAGGAUACACAAGCCCUCGGAGUCAUGUGGAUUCGCAUCCAUCGAGCGGUGGGUUUGAGCAAGCAAGACAAGCGUGGUAGUGAGGGUGGUGGCAGCGACCCGUAUAUCAACCUUUCUUUCUCGAAAUACGGAAAGCCGAUGUACUGCACGCGGGUUAUCACCGAUGAUCUAAACCCGGUCUGGGAAGAGACUGCAGCCCUACUUGUCAAUGCAGAGCUCAUCAAAGCAAACGAGAAUCUCAGUGUUGAGCUUUGGGACUCGGAUCGUCACACGGCAGAUGAUAUUGUUGGCAAGGUCGAGCUGCCCAUUCGCGAGAUGAUUCAACACCCAUGCCGUAUGUACCAGCACGUCUCGAAGCUACAGGGUAUGAACGAGGGAAGUGAAAUGCCCGGUGAGCUGCACUGGGAAGUCGGAUUCUUUGGCAAGCCUAAACUGAGGAAUGAGCUGAGGACCGACGGCAAGAUCAAGGACUUGCCAGAGAACUUGAAGGGUGACAAGAAAUUCGAGGACGACAAGGGUGUCAUCACCAGCGAGGAAGAGGAGGCCAUUACGCAUACCCCACCUGAUCCCCUGUGGCCAAGUGGUGUUCUCAGUAUCAUCGUGCAUCAGAUCGUCAACCUCCAGCUGGUCAAUGUCAAAGGGAGUAACGGUAACAGGCAAGGACGAGAGUAUGAACCAGCGAAGCCUUUUGGAGAGAACACCGAGGAGCAAGGUGAAGACUUGCCGACCAGUUAUUGCAAGAUCAUGCUGAACGACGAACUUGUCUACCGUACACGAGCAAAAGCCUUGAGCUCGAAGCCCAUAUUCAACGCCGGAACAGAGCGAUUCGUACGCGACUGGCGCUCAGCGGUGGUAUGCGUGACUGUCAGAGACCAGAGAUACAGAGAGCACGAUCCUAUCCUAGGCGUGGUCCCUUUGAAACUUUCCGAACUUUUCCAGACAAGCUCUCAGGUUACCAGAUGGUAUCCCCUAGACGGAGGAAUUGGGUUUGGUCGAAUCCGCAUCUCGCUACUAUUCAGACACGUCGAGACCAGGCUGCCCCCGCAAAUGCUCGGAUGGGAUGUUGGAACCUUUAAAUUCACCGGAAAUAUCACUGCACAAGGUCUUAGCCACAAAGCCAAGAUUCGUGUGCGCACAGGAGGAAGCAGCGGCAAAGUCCCUCGGCAUGUAUGCAGCGUCAACGCAGAUAACUCGGUCUCCUUCGAUCUCUCCAACACCGAUCUGCGCCUUCCUGUCAAGCACCGCUACCGGUCUCCCGUCGUUUUCGAGUUCGUCACCCAAGGAAAGCGUCAGACCACGGGCUACGCGACCCUCUGGCUCCAACACCUCGUCGACAACGAAGAUACCCCCGUCGACAUCCCGAUCUGGCAAACUAAGAACGGAAAGCGUCUGACGCAGAACUAUAUUACCGAAGAAAACCUCGAGGAAAAACGCAGUCCAGGCCUUGAGGAUAUCCACGAGAUCGGCCGUCUCAGGUUCCGCUGCACAUUCACCCCGGGCAUUGACGAGUCUCACGAGCGAUUUGUUGUCGAUAACAACUCGCGCGAAACCUUUGAGACAUGGGAGGCUUGCAUGGCCGAGGGCGUCCGUCCGCGGCACAUCUCUGCUGAAGUCCCUGAGCGUACCGAACAGAUGCACGAGAAAUCACUUCUCCAGGGCCGUGAUAUUCUCAAGGUCGCCGAUCCCAAGGAACGCCGCCGUUGGGUCGACAAGGAGGGCCAGGACUGGAGCGGUGCGUUUGGUCAGGACCCUCUCGCCCAGAUACAGGAACAGGAACACAAUAGCAACCGAGACCCGGCGCAAGAUGACGGCGUUAUGCACCUACCAGACGACGACGACGCGCACUCGGACACCAGCGACUCUUCAAAUGAGCUUGAAGGCGAACAUGACGUAGGCAACGCAAUCGUUGACCCCUCAAACCCCAUCGCCUCAAAGCCUGGCACCGGUGCCACUACCGAGCCCACCAACGGCACCGCGCCGAGCACCAGCUAUUCGCAAAGCACCAGCAUUAGCCCCAGCAACAGCCAAGUAUCCACCGUACACACAGUAAGCACGACAGACACAGCAGCCUCCAGCUCGACAACGACGUCAAAGCGCGCCUCCAAGCGUAGCGAGCAGCGACAGCAGCGCGGCCUGAUGCAAUGGAAGCCAGCUCGCAACGCGCAGUUUGCAAAGGACGAGGCCAAAUACGCCCUCCGGAGGGUGAAGCAGCACUUUAGUGGAGAUCUCUCUGGCAGGGAGCCGGAUAUUGAGACGGAGACCGGGAGCUAG